UGGCAAUGGGAACCGAGCCAGCGUCCAUCUUUUGCUGACGUGUGCUCCAAAUUAGAAUCUAUGCAGGCUAGCGCAUGCAUUGAUGAGGAAGUAGCUCGAGAAUUACAACGCCAACUCUGCCUUCUUGAAAACCAAUCUGAACAGCCCAUUCAAGGAGAGAAUGAACCAGAACGUCGUUGCCACUCUGACUGCAAUUGUAGUAGCAAACUAACUUACAAUAGUGAUUAUCCUCUUCCGGCAACAUCCUUGCCGCCGCUUCCUCCUCCACCGCCACCUCCUAGGCCUCCACCCUCGCGACGCAGCACGAGCUGUGAUCAGCUACUGGAGAGAAAAGAAGUGAAUCCUAGUGAAGCCCUGGUUGUUCCACCUCCACCGCCAAAUGAUGAAGAUGAGCAGGACGAUGGCUAUCCAGCCGAAGAUAGUCUUAACUCUUCGGAACCUCUAAGGGGUUGGACUGCAGUUCCGACCUCGCAUGGAUCUUAUCAACAUCCCAAGCGGGAGUUGAACCAUGACAGUGCAGCUUGUAAGUGCAGCAUGUUAAUGCGUUGUGGUUGA